GCGCUUCUUAUGAUCAGCUCGGUGUGUGUCUCCUCCUACCGCGGGCGCAAGUCGGGGAACAAGCCUCCGUCCAAAACAUGUCUGAAGGAGGAGAUGGCCAAGGGCGAGGCGUCGGAGAAGAUCAUUAUCAACGUGGGCGGCACGCGACAUGAGACCUACCGCAGCACCCUGCGCACCCUACCUGGCACCCGCCUCGCCUGGCUGGCCGAUCCCGACGGUGGGGGUCGGCCCGAGUACGAUGGCGGUGGCCCGGGCAGUAGCGGCAGUAGCGGCGGCGCCGGGGGUUGCGAGUUCUUUUUCGAUCGGCACCCGGGCGUCUUUGCCUACGUGCUCAACUACUACCGCACCGGCAAGCUGCACUGCCCCGCCGACGUGUGCGGGCCGCUCUUCGAGGAGGAGCUCACCUUCUGGGGCAUCGACGAGACCGACGUGGAGCCUUGCUGCUGGAUGACCUACCGGCAGCACCGCGACGCCGAGGAGGCCCUCGACAUCUUUGAGAGCCCUGACGGGGGCAGCGGCGGCGCGGGGCCCACCGACGAUGCCGGCGACGAUGAGCGGGAGCUAGCCCUGCAGCGCCUGGGUCCCCACGAGGGAGGCGCUGGCCCAGGCUCCGGUUCUGGGGGCUGCCGCGGCUGGCAGCCACGCAUGUGGGCGCUCUUCGAGGACCCCUACUCCUCCCGGGCUGCCAGGGUAGUAGCCUUUGCCUCUCUCUUCUUCAUCCUGGUUUCCAUCACCACUUUCUGCCUGGAGACCCAUGAGGCUUUCAACAUUGACCGAAAUGUGACAGAGAUUCACCGAGUGGGGAACAUCACCAGCGUGCGCUUCCGGCGGGAGGUGGAGACAGAGCCCAUUUUGACUUACAUUGAGGGUGUGUGUGUGCUGUGGUUCACGCUGGAAUUCCUGGUGCGCAUUGUGUGUUGCCCAGACACUUUGGACUUUGUCAAGAAUCUGCUCAACAUCAUUGACUUCGUGGCUAUCCUACCCUUCUACCUGGAGGUUGGGUUGAGCGGCCUGUCAUCCAAGGCGGCCCGUGACGUGCUAGGCUUCUUGCGCGUGGUGCGCUUUGUGCGUAUCCUGCGAAUCUUCAAGCUCACGCGCCACUUCGUGGGGCUCCGGGUCCUGGGUCACACCCUGCGUGCCAGCACCAAUGAGUUUCUGCUGCUCAUCAUCUUCCUGGCCCUAGGUGUGCUCAUCUUUGCCACCAUGAUCUAUUAUGCUGAGCGUAUUGGUGCCAGGCCUUCCGACCCACGGGGCAAUGAUCACACCGACUUCAAGAAUAUCCCCAUCGGCUUUUGGUGGGCUGUGGUCACCAUGACAACGCUUGGGUAUGGGGACAUGUGCCCCAAGACAUGGUCAGGCAUGCUAGUGGGAGCACUGUGUGCCUUGGCCGGCGUGCUCACCAUCGCCAUGCCUGUGCCAGUCAUUGUCAACAACUUCGGCAUGUACUACUCCCUGGCCAUGGCCAAGCAGAAGCUACCCAAGAAACGAAAGAAGCACGUGCCUCGGCCAGCCCAGCUCGAGUCACCCCUUUACUGCAAGUCUGAGGAGACGUCUCCCCGGGACAGCACCUACAGUGAUACCAGCCCCCCUGCCCGGGAAGAGGGUACAGUUGAGAGGAAGCGGGCAGACUCUAAGCAGAACGGUGAUGCCAAUGUGGUGCUGUCUGACGAGGAGGGAGCUGGACUCACCCAGCCCCUGGCCUCUGCCCCCACCCCUGAGGAGCGCCGGGCCUUGCGACGCUCUGGCACGAGAGACAGAAACAAGAAGGCGGCUGCCUGUUUCCUGCUCAGUGCUGGGGACUAUGCCUGUGCUGAUGGCAGUGUCCGGAAAGCUCCCUCAGGCUCCAGCCCUGCCUCUGAGUCACCUGCCACUCCCACCCAGCUUCUGCGUUCUGUAUUCCUGCCAGAACCGGAGACUCAUCUAAUUUCUAUAAUUAAGUGUAUUCAUUUACCUAACAAGCCCGGGAGCACAACAGAGACCUGCCAAGACGCCCUCUCGUCCAACUAUGCCCAGGCUGAAGUCCUCACCCUCUCUUAAAGCGGCACCAACGUGAGAGACAGACAAACAGACAAAGCCAGAGGCUUAGGGAAACUCUGGAACCCAAGCACGAAUCUUUCGCUGAGAAAGACACUGAUAUCCUUGUUUGUACAGGACUGGUGGAAAACCUACCAUAUGACCCUCGGGGCCCAGAGCCAUCUGGGUCUGAUGUUUUGUUCUAUUGUACUUUGAAGAGAUAUAUAUGCACAUAUAGUAUCUAUAUUCAUACAUACUAUAUUCUUGUGUGUAGUGCACGUGCUAUUGGUGGUCUGUCAUGUUUGUUAGGCUAUGUCUCCCCAAGCUCUCUAUCCACCUCAAGUUUCCUUCCCCCCUUACAGAUUCCUUGUUUCUUCUGAUCAUGUGUGCAAUGUCCCAGGAAAGUCUACCUGGGAACUGCCUGGCUACUCUCUCCUAGGGUGUUUCUUCUUUUAGGAAGUGGCCUGUUGAAGUCUAUUGAAGGCCAGACUGCCCCCCAGGGUCACUGCUUCUCUAACCCAACCCUACCCCAGAUUGGGGUUCUACCUCCUACCCCACAUCUUAGUUGUGGGGGAACUUUCAGAGGCUCCUCUGCAGACUCUUCCACUCUUUCUAACACCCUUAUGUCCUUGCUGGAGGGGGGCAUUUUAUUUUUUUCAUUUUUAAUUUUUUUGUUCUGUCUCCUUCAUCUGUUUCUUUUCAAAGAUGCUGCUGGGCAGACGGGCAGGGAAGGGGUCUGUCUGCCCAUCUGGCUCAGGGGUCUGAGAAGGGGAUGCCUUGGGUGAGAGGAGACCAGUUGCAAUACUGUACUUCCUGGCCAGUGGCCAGAGGAUGUGUGCAAUAGCAGAGGCCAGGUGACCCCUUCAGCCUUGGCCUCUGCCCCUCCCCAGCCCUCCCUUCCCUCCUGGCCCCUCCCUGCUGUUGGUUGGUCCUUUUCUAAAGCUGUCCUCUUGUAUGUGUCUGAGGCAUGCCUAGGCCAGGCCCUGACACCCUGUCCGCAUGCCUUCAACUGUCAUGCUGUGCUCGAGCCCCAAUAAAGACAUCGAAGUGUCCUGUUGCUCCUCUA